ACCAAGACAGCUCAAUGGCACCAUCUUAACUGUGGUUUGGUGGACCAUAACUUGAGGGAAUUUUAUUCCAGAUGGCAGAGUACUGGAAGUCGCAACCCAAAAAAAUGUGCGAGUUUUGCAAGUGCUGGAUCACUGACAACAAAGCAAGUAUAGAGUUUCAUGAGAGGGGUAAGAAACACAAAGAAAAUGUACAGAAAAGAAUUCAAGAGGUUCAGAAGAAAGGCAAAGAAACCUCUCAGGCCCAGAAACAACUACUGAUGGAUUUAGAAGCCAUUGAAGCAGCAGCACUGAAGGCGUAUGAGAAAGACUUAAACAUUGAGCCAUCAAAAUCAAAGCCUGAAUCGAACACAGAGUCACAAAAAACACAAGCAAAUGAAACUUGUUCCAAAGGUGAAAGCUCUGUUGGAUGUGUCAUUUCUUAUGAGGGACAAACACCCACUAUGCAUUGCAACCAUGGUUGGAACAUUGCUCAAGCACCAGAAGGCUAUUACUAUUAUUACAACACAGCUACACAAGCAUCUCAGUGGGAAUCCCCCAGUUGCUUAUCGACUCCAUCAAAUCAGGACAUGAGAAAUGCCAAGGAAGAUAAAGCACCGAGCAAAGAGGAUCAGACAAACUCUCAAAAUAAAAUAGAAGAGAAUCAAGUUCAGAGAGAGGAAAAGAAACAAGUAAAGAACUCUCCAUAUGGACAAUGGACAACUGUCCAGACAUUUGAACCUCCUCCCCAAACGGCGAAGAUUGCUUCUGCCAGCGAAAGCGAGACUCAACAAACCACAACAAUCGAACCAAACCCGACCGUAGUAAAAUUCAAAGAACGAUCAACUCCAAAAAUUACUUUCCGUUCAGUUGGCGACGGAAACGAAGUCGCCUUCAAGAAACGUAAACUCAACCCUGAGAAAAAGAAGAACAUUCGACAAACAGAUCCUAAUAAGGCCAGCUGAUACUCGAUUUUGAUCCCAUUAAACUGUCAAGGAACUAUGAAGAAUCAGCAAUAAAUUACGUCUGUCAAUUAAUACACAGACUGAAUGUCUAGUGAUAACGGAUCCACCGUGGGAUGAGAAGAUCAUAUUGGUAUUAUAAUAUGCUGCUAAGGGCUUAGAUCUACCUAUACAAGCAGGCUAGGUUAUCUUUGAUAUGCUCAAAUACCUGAGACAAACCCCUUAAAAGCAUUACCAAUUAUUGUUUAUAAACACAGACGCGAAUCAUACCCACCAGAAGGGUUUAUUGACAACGUUUGUAUCCCAGACUAGCCUCUGAUACUUCUUGACUUAAUAAAUGUUUGAGUUUGCUUAAACAAAUUGCAUGAGAUUUACGUCUUACAUGAAGAUUUCGAAAAGGGAAACAAAGUUUGAUGCA